AUUGGUCAAACGUCAGAGACUCGUCCAGCCGACUCCAGCCAUCACAAUUUGAGGAGGCGCUCCUCCACGUCGGGCGAAGGAAUGCCGGGAGAAGGACCGUUCGGAGAAGAAUUCACAAGGGAUUUGUCUUCCAGCAUGGCAUCGAGUUCAUCGCGAAGUGCCUCAGAAUUGUCAGAAUCGUCGACAGGGCCACCAAAAGUUUUCUCGCGAUUCAAUUUAAUGUUCGAAGGCGUAGGAAUGGCCAGAAGGAAGGGGGUCAACAGCGAAUGGAUCUCCCUUAUAGCAACGACAGAGACUAUGCAAGAAAUGAACAAGAGAAACAUCAUCCGAGAAGUUUCCACCACAGAACUUUGGUCUAACUCGAAAGACGCCAUGAGAUCUCACUUUUACUUCUUGGGCAGCUUCGCCAAGAAUUUUCUCGUCUACUAUGCGCAAGAAGGAGAAUUCAUCAAAUACGGAAUCGUGUGCCUCGUCGAUAAGCCCCCCAAAAUCGUUGAAGUAUUGGAGAAAGAGCCCAAUUUCGACCCAGAACAACAGCAGAUGAUCGUAAAGAUCGAUGAGUGGGACCAGGGGCUAAGUAAGCUCAAAAAGAAGCUUAAAAUAAGCAAAAACGGGCAAGCGAUCAUCAGAACAACACUAGAGGCCUUCGAAAGAGGGUUUGCCAAAGCUCAUGAUCAUUUCAAGGAAUUCCAACAUUAUAGCGCCUUCACUAUCAAGCGUUCCCCAAGAUAUCUCUACAUUCACCUCAAGAGGGACCUGAGACAGGAAUAUAACGAGAAGAUAAAACGGAAGAUAUUCUACGACUUGAGCGAAUUGGUGGAAGAAGAGACGGCCAAGACGGGAGUUGAAACCGUCAAGGAGGAGCCUGAAAUCUGCGGAAGCGUUCAACAGGAUUUGAAGCAUCAAAUAGAUCCUACAAUCACGGGAAAAGUUCAUCAGAUGAGGCCUUCUUUCGCAGCUCGUUGAAGCCGGACAGAAUAUUCCGACUUCUCGUUUGCGGAGUCACCAUCGGUAUGCAUCAGCAAAGAAUAAUUUACCGCAUACUUCACACCACGGAUGAUGAGCAAGGUACCGGAUCUCGAAGCAAAUUCCAUCUCACGCUUUUGAGGACG